AUGUCUGGCAAGGGCAAUCCACAGGCGCAGGAUCCUCCCACGGAUUCGGCGGCGACCGAAGGCUCAACCAAGCCCGGCCACACUGGCGUGGCUUCCCAGAGGUCCAUCACCCCCAAGGGCACCUUGUUCACAAAUCUGGGUGAGGCGCAUCAAGCAAUCACGUCGAGGCUGGCAUCGCGCUCGCGCUCCCCUGGAAACCGCGUUCCCAACACAUUCGCUCAGCCCUCCUCUAGCGCAUCCGACGAUGUCUCCGACUGUACCAGCUCGUCAAUGGGCCCUUCGGGCGCUCGCCACAUGGAGUUCGCUGAACCGAGCCGUUCAGCUCAUCAACAAUGUCCGACAUUCUUUGACAUGUCAGGUCCGGCUGGCGGUUUGGGAACGAGCUUGACUCCCACCGAUCCUUCCCCAGUCGUCUCAUCACUCGCAUUGUCGUCCUCAAAGAGCGACAACCCCAUCAAGGGCAAUUUGGACAGCGACGCUACAAAGGCCCUGGCCUGCUCGGAUGCCUUGGAAGCUGAAAGUACAGAGGACAGCAUCUACGAACACUACUCGCCAUUCUCUAUGGUCGAACCGUGUUCAUCGGCUCAGCCUCGCCAAGGAAUUGCCAAUGGCGAUGCACAUCCGAGCGAAGAGUAUUGGUACUAUUCCAAGGCCGGCUCGCGCGGUGGGACUGGUCCAUCUUCCGGUAUUCGACAGGCCGAUGCCUACACUGAUUCCGAGAAGAACCGCCAGCAGAUGAGCGUGCCAGUUAGCACGUGGCACCAGACUUCUCUACCCGAAUUCCCCCCCUCUGCUCCGCGGAGUCUCUGGAUUCCUCCUCUUGUUCUCAAGAGCUACUUGGACCACCUUGAGGACGGCGAAACCAGUCAUGGAGGCGUUUCGAACAGUGGACUUUCCGCAGGCGGCACCACCGACUCUGACGAGGACCCAUUCAAGUACGAUCGUGGCCCCUUCACUGUCUUUCUUCACCCUUCCAAGGAGAGAGAGGUCAGUGCCGCACUUCGGUGUGUGAGCGGGAACAGCACAGCUUCUGCCAUGGGUGUUGUGGAGCCGGUGCCCUCGCGGGAACCCGCUACUCCGCAGCCUGUUGAAAGCAAGAAGCCUUUUCUCAACAAACGACAGCCUCCAAUUGUUGACUACGACUGGGACACUGACAGCAAGCACAACGAGGUGAAGGUCUCAAUUCGCUCGCCACCUCUUCCGCCGAAUGCCCCUGUACCACCAGUUAUCGGCCUCGGUCGACUCGAUCAGAACCCGGACAGCGAGCGUCGCAAGGAUGAUGCCCAGACACUCACAAGUGACGGGGCUGAUUGGGAGACCGUCGCUACCAGCCUGGUGCACUAUGACAACAAUCGUGAUCAGACCUCAUCUAGCCGUUUCUGGGAAACCCACCCAGCGAAGGUGACUGGAAGCAGCAUCGCGGACUACUCGGAUACAAGCAGCAUUAAGACACGUCAGUGCGAUGUGCGCUCAUCAAUAGAGCAGAUCCCGCAACCCCCAAGGGCCAUCUACGCUCCCAGAUCUCGCUUUGGCCGGACAUUGGAGGAUGUUGGUGCCCCAGUGUUUCUACCGAGACCGAGAAUCCAUCGUGUGAACGGCUAUCUUCCUAAUCCCAACCGCAUAUUCUCCGAUCCGACCACUAGCAGUAUCGGAAACUCAACUACGGGCGCAUCUGCUGGAGAACCGAGUGCCUCGAUGAGGCCCCAGAGCGACAGGAAACUUGCACAGCGGCAGAACCAGCACCUCAAUGCGGAGGAAGAGCCCGAUUCCAGAUUCAGGUCCUUGGACUCGCUUUCUUCAACUAACAAUGGGCAAUCUAGCGCCACGAAUGGAAAUCAGGCGCUGAGCAGUUUUUCCAGGGAUAGGAACCAGCUUGGUGAGAGGAAGCCGGGUUGGGACCAGCAACUGCACGAAAACAAUGAGGACAUGCUGCCGUCGCCUAUGCCGCACGAGAGUUCUGCGGGUGUUGGUCAACAAGGCCACAAUCUUACGGGCUCUGACCAGUUCGACAACUCUUUUGGUCCAAAAUCGGCCACCCUGUUCAGCUUUCCGUUGAUCAGCCUAGAAGAGGCCGCCAGGCGAGAAGCGCUCAAGUCCAGAGAUCCGGACAGCUGCACUCCUACCAGCGGCGGAGGGACACAGAAGAAUUCAAGCAUGUUGUCGAAGGCGCCUCAAAUGACAACGCCUCCCGCUCUUCCAGCUGCACAUUCCCGUCGCCGUACGAUCUCGAUGGCCCAGGAUAGGCAGUCCACCGGUUAUGACACUGGUACUUCCAACAGAACUUCCGACCAAAGCACGACCCCGUUGGUCACCGGCGGAUCGGCCAUGUCGCGCUCGUUCCGAAAUCCGUUUGGAACUGCGCACACCUCGCUAAGAAACAACCAGGCCCUCCCGACACAGCCCUCCAUCUUCGACUCGCCCCGCCUCAUUGCCCAUGACAGGCGCGGUGCGAGUCGAGGCAUCAGCCUGGCUGAGACUGCCCGCGAGUUCGCCAGCUUCCACGCAGGGGCCGCCCCGUCUGGCCACCACGCGACCGAGGAUGGCCACCUACCUCGGGAGGCGCGCCAGCGCCGCCAAAUUUGGUACUAUGUCAUGUGCUGCCUCAGCAUCUUGCCGUUUGUGGCCCCGCUCGUCUACUGCGGCGUGCUGGACGCGGCCCUGUCGUGGUGCACUCGCGGCGAGGCAACCCGCCUCAGCCCCAAGCAGCGGGGCAGAAUCCUGUUCCUGGGCUUGUCCGCCUUGAUCUUUUGGCUGUGCAUCGUGGGAGCGGUCACCGCGGUCGCCUGGAUCAACAACGCCCAUGGUUAA